GGGCGGCAGGGCGGGGCGCAGGGCGGACUGGCGGAGCCUGCUCGCGAAAGGGAAGGGAGUCGACGGCGGGCAGGAGAGGCAAGCGGAAGUUCCUUUCUCGCGGACACCGGCAUACCGUUGUCGGCGUCGUCUCUCGCGGUCUAGGCGCGCACCUGUACCCGCCACACGUCGCGUCACGCUUUGCGUCGGUCAUAUCCCCGACAAGUCGCGUGCGACAUACCCCGGUCGCGUUGCAGUGAUCACGUGGUCUUUUAGCCGCCGGUGUACGAUAACACGCGACCAACACCGUCAUCGCCGCCGCCGCCACCACCACCACCACCUCCUCCGCGACCUCCACCACCACCACCACCUCCACCACCACCACCUCCACCACCACCACCGCCACAAGCAGGAUUACCGCGAGGCAGCGGGCGGGCUCCCCCGACCUUCCCCACGCCCCCGCAGUGGGCCGGCGGCCGGUCGCGCCCGCGCGCCCCCUCCCCGCGGGUACCUCCUAAUUACCCCCUUGGCCGGCCUGGGGGGUAGCGUGCGGUAGGCGGCCGCGCCCCGCCACGCCGCGCGCCCACCUGACCGCCGCAGCAGACAGCGGCCCCCGCCGCCUGCUCAAACGAUUUUUUCACGGUAUAUCGCGCGUGGGCCGCGCGCCGUCGUGCCCGCGCCAGCAGUCGUAGGUUCGAUCGCGAGGGCGGCGGAGGCGAGGGAAGGGCGCCGCGGAGGAGGCGCAGAGCAAGGCGCCGCGCCGGGGGCCCCCCCAAGGCGCUGGCAGCAGCGCGCCGCGAGGCUCCGGGGGAGGUUAUGGCGGCCGAGCCUGGGCCCGCCGCCCCCGCCGCGCUAGCAGCGCCGUAGCGAGGUUAUGUCUGGGCCCCGCCGCUGAGCCGUACCGCGCUGAGCUGCCGGAGGCCCCGCAUGUCGGAGAGCGGCGCGGCGCGCGGCGGCCCCUGCAGCGACCGCAGCGCCGACCGCGGCAGCGACUCGGACUACGACGACGAGGAGGAGGAGCGCCGGCCGAGGGAGGCCACGCCGGCGCCGCGGCACGUCGUCGUCGCCGCCGCUGAUGACGACGACGAGGAUGAGGAGGAUGACGGCGAGGUGCCCGCCGCGCCCGAGGUGCACAUCCACGAGGACGAGGACGACGGCAAGCUGCGCCGGCACGUGGCUUCGUCGCCCGCGCCGUCCCCCGACGACGCGUCGUCGGCCUCCUCGACGUCGUCCUCGACCGCGAGCGCUGGCCCCGGCGCCCACAACAACAAUAACAACAACAAGCAGUUCCUGCUGCCCGCCGAGGUGUACAAGCACCUGCUGACCAAUGCCGUGCUCGGGCGCACGGAGAAGCUGGGCUCGUACUCGCCGUCCGACAACCACCACCAGCACGACGACGACGACGACGACGAGGACGAGGACCUGCCGGCGUCGUCGGCGCCCGCGUUCCCCGGGGGCAUCGCCCUGGGCCGGGCGCCGCUGCACAGCCCGGCGUCACCCCCCGAAGAGAAGGCGUUCGUGUGGUCGCAAGCGGAUGGCGGUCAGCAGGCGCCGGGGGGCCACCCGAUGCCCCCCAAGGGCGCGGGCGGUGGCGGCCCCAACGGCCAGGGGCUGGUCCACUGGAUGUCCGUCAUGGCCGAGCACAUGAACUCGGCGGGUGGCAGCGAUGGCGUGCACUACAUGUGGAACGGCGCUGUGGAGCAGUGCGGUCCCCAUGGCAAGGAUAUGGACUACUCGUGGCCCCGGCAACCUAUCAUCAACAAGCAAGGAUAUGAGGCCAAGAUGAACGCCGUGGACUCGCAGGGAAACCACUCGAUGCAUAAAGCCGCCUGGUGGGUCGGACUUGAUGAGGCCUAG